AUGGGAAGCCAAUUGAAGAAGCAAUGGCCUCAAUUUGCUUGUGCUUUGGCAUUUUUCUUGAUUGCCACAUGCACUAUGGCAUAUUCUCCAUAUUCUUCUGAAUCAACAGAUUCUACAUACAAUAAAGUACCAAGCACAGUAGCUAAAAGUGAAGACUACAAGGUACCCUUAGUGCCUAAACAAGAAUACAAGGUACCUUCUUUGGCAAAGAAUGACUACUACAAGAAGCCAUCAGUUCCAGAAGUGUCAUUUGUUCCAGAGGUACCCUCAGUGCCUAAACAGGAAUAUAAGGUGCCUUCUUUGCCAAAGAAUGACUACUACAAAAAACCAUCAGUUCCAGAAGAUAACUAUAAGAAGAUGCCAUCAAUUUCAAAAGAUAACGACUACAAGGUACCAUCGGUGCCUAAACAGGAAUACAAGGUGUCUUAUUUACCAAAGAAUGACUACUACAAGAAGCCAUCAAUUGCAGAAGAUAACUAUAAGAAGGUGUCAUCUUUUCCAGAGGUACCCUCAGUGCCUAAACAUGAAUACAAGGUGCCUUUUUUGCCAAAGAAUGACUACUACAAGAAGCCAUCAGUUCCAGAGUAUAACUACAAGGUCUCAUCUGUUCCAGAGGUACCCUCAAUACCUAAACAGGAAUAUAAGGUGCCUUCUUUUCCAAAGAAUGACUACUACAAGAAGCCAUCAGUUUCAGAAGAUAACUAUGAGAAGGUGCCAUCAGUUUCAAAAGAUAUUGACUACAAGGUACCCUCAAUGCCUAACCAAGAAUACAAGGUGCCUUCUUUGCCAAAGAAUGACUACUACAAAAAGUCAUCAGUUCCAGAAGAUAACUACAAGAAGGUGCCAUUAGUUCCAGAGGUACCCUCAGUGCCUAAACAGGAAUAUAAGGUGUCUUCUUUGCCAAAGAAUGACUACUACAAGAAGCCAUCAAUUCCAGAAAAUAACUAUGAGAAGGUGCCAUCAGUUUCAAAAGAUAAUGACUACAAGGUACCCUCAAUGCCUAAACAAGAAUACAAGGUGCCUUCUUUGUCAAAGAAUGACUACUACAAGAAACCAUCAGUUCCAGAAGAUAACUACAAGAAGGUGCCCUCAGUUCCUAAACCAGAAUACAAGGUGCCAUCUUUGCCGAAAAAUGACUACUUCAAGAAACCAUUACCUUCUCCAUCACCACCACCUCCAUAUUAUUAA